AUGUCAGAAGCAGAGACAGACAAAGUGAAAAUUAGAACAACACCGAGCUUUGAAAAUGACCAGCAAAAUACUUCAGCGUUGUUGAAAGAAGGAUUGACCAGCCCUAUUGCCCAACCUCUUGGAGACCAAAACAGUUGCACCAACUCCCUUCCUCUGCAAGUUCUCCCUAUUGUAAUUCUGAAUACAGCAGAUCAUUCAGAAAAUCAGCUAGCAAUUAAGGAUGAGAAGCCUAUGAAAGGUAUUGUUCUCAGCUCAGUCUCAGAAUUCGGCAUCCCAGAUGUGCCAUCCAAGGACACCAAAAAUGAAAGAAAACUGUCAGAAUCUAGUGCAUCUACACUGUCGUCCCUGGAGAAAUGCAGGACACAGUUCAGCUACCUUGAAGAUGAUGCAUCAGUCCACGAGAGGGACAGUAAUGAUGAAUGUGCCACACUGAUCCUGGCCUGCUUGUUCUGCCAGUUUUGGGACUUUCUGUUCAUGUUGCCCGAUGUCUGUGAAAAUUGGUUGGCCAAUGUGUGCUGCCCUUCCCAUAGAUAUUACCAGACCUCAGGCGACGACUCAAACAACGGCGACUGCAGCUGUGAUUGUGACAUUGAUUGCAGCAUCCUUGAGUCUUGUCAUGAAACCAGCGAGUGUCUGGAGCUGGCCCUGGAGAUCUCUCAAGUCUGUUAUCACUAA